GGCGUCCCCGCGCAUGCGCGUGACGUCGGCGUGCGCCUGCGCAGCAGCGCUGAAAAGCGUCAGCGCGUGACGGCGCGGGAGGCGCUGGUGCUGGGUGGAGGACGCGGUGGUCGGGCCGCGUGGGCUCACACGAGGUAGCUCGCGGCGUCCGGCCGCGCAGGCGCGCUCAAGAUGUCGUACAUGCUUCCGCAUCUGCACAAUGGCUGGCAGGUAGAUCAGGCCAUCCUUUCGGAGGAGGACCGCGUGGUCGUCAUUCGCUUCGGACACGACUGGGAUCCCACUUGCAUGAAGAUGGACGAGGUUCUGUACAGCAUCGCCGAAAAGGUUAAGAAUUUUGCAGUUAUUUAUCUUGUGGAUAUUACAGAAGUGCCUGACUUCAACAAGAUGUACGAGCUGUACGACCCCUGCACUGUCAUGUUCUUCUUCAGAAACAAACAUAUCAUGAUUGAUUUGGGCACUGGCAACAACAACAAGAUCAACUGGGCCAUGGAAGACAAGCAAGAAAUGGUUGACAUCAUAGAGACCGUGUACCGUGGCGCCCGCAAAGGCCGGGGUCUGGUGGUGUCUCCCAAGGACUAUUCUACCAAGUACAGAUACUGAGCACUGCCCUAAGGCCGUGCAAAGGACUCUGGGAGCCUCUUCCGAGAAACACUCUGCUCUCAUAUUCUCUGGAGACCCUGCAGCAGAACAUUGCUGUUGGGCUGGAGGAUCCUUGAGAUGAGGGUUACAGGGCCUUAACUACCUGAAGCAAAUAAACCUGGUAAAGGAACAGUAGGAA